CUUGUACUGCCAUAAACUCGUGCCAUUGUCAACGAUAAUAACAUCUUCUCGCUAUCAUUUUUAAUUAAAUUUCUGAUUUCAAAAUCUAAGAUAUAACAAUAUAAUAGAAAGAAACUGCGCACAAAUUUUGUUAACGGAAAUAUUUGUCAAUAACAAACAGAUUGAUAAACAUUUGGAAUAAAGACAUAAAGAUAUUUGGACCGAUAUUGAAUGAACUGAAGUAUUUGUUCAAAAGUUUGCUGCAUCGCAAACUUAUAAAAGCUUGAAAUGCUUUGGACAAAAGUGAGCAUGAUCACAAUUUGAUUUUUUGUAUGCUGGGUAUUCUCUGAAAAAAAAGUUUAUUCGUUAAGUUAAAACGCGAAAGCAUUUGGACACAUUUGCAUAUUUCUAUAAGUGCGACUACAAGAACAAAACAAUGCUGAUGUAUCAAAGGGUAUGGGUAACAACCGUGCUCGUUAUAACGGCGGGAAUAAAUGCUAUGCCAGCGCCCGGAAAUACCGGACUCAAGUCGGAUAUUUUAAAUUCAAAUGAAGAUCAAGUCAUUGUGUCACAGAUAACGGACAACGACCAGUCACAAGUUGAAGACGUAACCGGCGUCCGAGAUAAACGACACAUUGUCAACACAAACGAGACACCUGAAAUUCUUAUUAAUAAAACACAGAGUAAUGAAACAUCUUUUGAAGACUACGAGAAAGAGUAUCUUUUAAACCUUACAAUAAAUCUAUUAGAACAGUUUUUACACUAUGACAAAUAUUUGAACCGUUUAAAGGAGGAGAACUCGUCAGUACACGGAUCAACGUCUAAACCAGUUAUUUCCCCUGGUUUACCGACGCCAUUACCGCACACCGGACAGCAGACGACACCGGAUGUACGCGUUGACCCCGGAAUUCUGCAGCAAAAGCUUUUAGAGCUUCGGUCAAUGAAUCUUAACGACCUUGAAAAAGUGUUUAAUAGCCUUCAUAGAGCGGCGAAAAACGGCGUAGAGGAUCCUGGAAUAACUAGUUUAUGUUGUAACCUUGGAUAAAUCACAAACAUCCAACUUAAAUAUCAGAUAUUUCGUCCAUUAACAAUAACUUUUAUUUAAUUUAACAAACUGUUGACGAAGAAAUACAUUUUGUUAAAACGAACAUUCAUAGAACAGAUUGAAAUGCUAUUAGUCAGAUGUCUAAGGUUUUAAAAAAAGCGUUACUUGUACUGAAAAUCACUGGCGCAUUGAUCGCCAGUAGACAUGGUAACCAACCUGUAACCAUGACGACACUUCUCCUUGCGAGAAAAGAUUAUUUAGUAACCUAUCAUUAAAACAACCAUCUUAUUAUA